CAAGUGGUAACACUGUUUAGCGCAUUGUCAAAACUUGAAAUAAUAACACCACCGCUUGGUAUGGUUAUCGUUAGUAAAGUCGCGUAAACAACAUAUCAAGCAAGAUGUUCUUGAAUCGGAUUAGACGAAGCUUACCAACGGCAAUUCUUCAGUCAAAAGAAAUCAUAACCUCAAAUAGUCAAAAUAGUCAACAAAUCAGAUGUUUGUACUCAGGCGAAGAGUUGGGCGUCAAAAAGUACCAAGACUCACGAAAAGUGGUCGAGCAUGCCAUUGCAAACCAUACGUUUUUCAAGACACAGUUCCGUAAACAAUUGAUGAAUGUGGAAUACAGCCUAACCCAUCUUGAAUAUGGACUGAAAAAUCUACUGCAUAUUAUGAAUAACAAUGACAACGACAUCAGCAUUCUCAGGGAUGCACUGAAAACGUUGAUCCACAAGCAAAAUGAAUAUGAAGGCGAUAAAUAUCGAUUUGAUACGGUUGUUAUGCGAGCAUUUCACUUUUUGAAUAUGCCUGACCAGGCCAUCGAGUUUUUCGAAGACGAUGCGCUGGGUCAACUCUUCAAUAAAGUUACCAGCUAUCAAAUUCUCUUAGAUUUACUCUAUGAAAAUGAGAGAUAUGCCGACGUACUUCGAAUUUAUGGAAAUCUUACGAUGUAUGGCCGCUUACAUAAGAAUAAAUACAUCGAUGUGAUAGUCUUAGCUACGUAUUACCGACUGAAUACACCAGAGGCUUUGGAGCGAGCAUACGCCUUAUGGAGUCAAAUAACAGAAACUGGAAACAAAGUUCAGUUUCGAAAAAGUCGAACGUUCGUGGCCGGAUUGGCGGUGAAACAAAAUCGACCCGAGCUGGCAUUGAAAAUUUUAGAAGGUGAAACAACGUAUGUUACCAUGCGCCACAUAAAACUCUUGGCAUGGGCACAACUUGGGCAAUUCGACAAAAUCUUUGAAAUGUUCCGAAUUGUACUGAGGCGAAAUCAAGAUGAGAAGAAGUACAGCCCUGAAACAUCGAUAGCAGUUCUCAAUGAUAUUGAAAAAUCACUCAAAAUGAAGGGAUCAGAAGAUGACCGCAAACAAUUUCGUGCACUACGUGAAAAAAUCGAAUCAAUGGAAUUAGUCACUAAGAAGUCGCUGGAUGAUUUGCUGUGUUCACCGUUCCCCGUACUGCCACAAGCUCAUAUUUACCAUAAAAGAACAGCAAAUUAGAUACAAUGCUCUAAAUAAACCCGUAUAUUUUGUUGUUGUUUUUUUUUUAAAUUUUUGCAACUACUAGAAAAUAAAUCAAAAUGGUUUGAAUAAAA